AUGCAAUCCACCCAAGAACCAACAGGCUUUGCCUACCUUACCGGCAUCGGAGUCACCCACUCCAUCGCCCCUCCAAUGCACAACUUCAUCUCCAAAUCCCUCGGCUACAACUGGCAAUUCAUCGCCCAGGAAUGCCCCACCGUCGAAGAUGCAGUCCGUCUCUUCCGUCUGCCUUCCUUUGCCGGUGCCGUCGUGACUAUGCCCUACAAGAGGACGAUCAUGGAUCAUCUGGACGGAUUGGAUGAAUAUGCCGUCAAACUGGGUGCUUGCAAUAAUGUCUACCGUGCUGCGGAUGGCUCUUUGCGAGGAACAAACACCGACUGGGUGGGUGUUAAAGGAUGUCUAUCAUCAGCCAGUGAAGACGGACGGGGCAAGCCAGCUGUUAUUGUCGGUGCUGGCGGUGCAUCACGGGCGGCUAUCUUUGCCCUGCAUGAGCAUCUGGAAUGUAAUACCAUCUACAUUGUCAAUCGGGAUGAGGAUGAAGUUGCUGUUGUUUUGGAUGAAGUGAAUAGGGCAUACGGGGAUGCCCUCAAUCUGGUGCAUGUUCAACGCGUCGAUCAAGUGGCAGCUCUAUCUGCUCCCUUUUAUAUCGUCGGCACAGUCCCAGAUGCAGAACCACAGACUCCAGCGGAGAUUGAGAUCCACGCUAUUGUCGAUGCCUUCCUUUCACUUCCCACUAAAGGAGUCCUGCUGGACAUGUGCUUCAAACCCCGACGCACUCGAUUCAUCAAGGCAGGAGAAAAAAGCGGAUGGAAAACUGCAGGCUUCAAAGGAAUUGAAAUCUUCUAUGAAGAUUUGGAAUAUCUCGCCAAAGAAAAGGGAGACAUCAACACCAGCACCAUCCUUGCAGCCGCCAAAGACGCAAAGGAACUCUGCAACCAACACAACCUACAAAUUAUCGGCCUGCAGCCCUUCAUCUUCUACGAAGGUCUCAUCGAUCGGCGUGUACAUGAAGAAAAAAUCGCCAAGUUGAAGAUAUGGUUUCAGAUUGUCAAAAUCCUCGACACCGAUAUUAUUCAAAUUCCGUCUAAUUUCCAGUCAGAAGGCAUAUCCGGCGAUCUAGAUCUUAUUGUUGCGGAUAUGAGAGAGGUCGCAGAUAUGGGAUUGAAAGAAGAGCCAGUCGUUCGUUUUGUAUAUGAGAAUCUGGCUUGGGGAACUUUCAUCUCAACCUGGGAAGGCGCCUGGGAUAUCGUCCAGCGUGUUGAUCGGCCUAAUUUCGGCAUUUGCUUGGAUACCUUCAACAUCGCUGGACGUAUCUGGGCUGAUCCUGCUAGCAUCACGGGCAAAACACCGGAUGCAGAUGCAGAAUUGGCGGCUUCGAUGGAACGACUAGUCCAGACGGUUGAUGUGAACAAAGUUUUCUAUGUUCAAGUCGUCGACGCAGAGAGAAUGCAGCAGCCAUUGGCCGAAGGUCAUCCAUUCCACGUGGAAGGACAGCCACCGCGUAUGAACUGGAGUCGCAAUGCAAGACUGUUCCUGUACGAAACUGAUCGAGGUGCAUAUCUUCCAGUCCUUGAGGUGGCCAGGACUAUCUUCAAGGGCCUCAAAUACAAAGGAUGGGUUUCCAUGGAGUUAUUCUCACGAACCAUGGCAGAUCCAGACCCAACGGUGCCUCGAACACAUGCACAGCGGGGGAUGGAUUCAUGGAAACAGCUGGCGGAAGAAAUGGGUCUCUAG